AUGGACUCGCCCGAUGAGCUCGCCGGCACAACUCCACCUCCACCCAAGCGACGCCGGACUCAUGAUGCCUUGCUGCAGCGACCGCGCUCUCGCUCCUGGGGGGCUUCGCAAGGCGGCCAUGUCCUAAGCCGGAGCCCAGUCACACAGGCUUCCAACGACGGGUACUCGUCACCGCCUUCGUGCACGCGCCGGCGCUCCAGAUCCCGCUCCACCUCCGGCUCAAGCUCGCGCUCCGGGUCGGCCUCACGGUCCCCCAGCAGGUCUCCGUCGAGGGACUCGCAAUCCCGUCCCCGCGCCGCCUCCCGUAGCUCCUACGACCGCUCCCGGACCGAGUCCUUCUCCCCGAGACCUCUUCAGCCGUCCCCCCCACUGGAACACGAGCCACUCAAGCCCAGCUACAAGCCGCGGCUCAUCCUGCACGGCCAUACAAAACCCGUUUCUCAGGUUCGCAUAUCGCCCAACGGCCGAUUCAUCGCGUCGGCCUCUGCCGAUGCAACGCUCAAGAUCUGGGACGCCGCAACCGGCGCCCACAUGGAUACCCUCGUGGGCCACAUGGCCGGCGUGAGCUGCCUCGUCUGGACGCCCGAUAGCAACACGCUGGCAAGCGGCUCCGAUGACAAGGCCAUUCGGCUGUGGGAUCGCGUCACGGGGCGCCCAAAGACAACCACCCGCAAGUCGAUAUCGUCGGGCCAGGGCAGGUCCACGUUGCGAGGGCAUCACAACUACAUACACUGCCUGGCAUUCUCGCCCAAGGGAAACAUUCUGGCCAGCGGGUCCUACGACGAGGCCGUCUUUCUGUGGGACGUGAGGGCCCGAAGGAUGAUGCGAAGCCUGCCCGCCCACAGCGAUCCCGUUAGCGGCAUCGACUUUUGUCGCGACGGGACGCUGGUCGUGAGCUGUUCCACGGAUGGUUUAAUUCGUGUUUGGGACACGUCGACCGGCCAGUGCCUUCGGACUCUUGUCCACGAAGACAACCCGGCCGUGACCAAUGUGUGCUUCUCUCCCAACGGCCGCUUCGUCCUCGCCUUCAGUCUCGACAGCUGCAUACGGCUCUGGGAUUACGUCGCGGGAACGGUCAAGAAGACGUAUCAGGGCCACCAAAACAAUAGGUUUGCCGUGGGAGGCUGCUUCGCCGUGCUGGGCGGCGAGCCCCUGCUCGCGUCGGCAAGCGAAGACGGCGACAUUGUGCUGUGGGACGUCAAGAGCAAGGCCAUCCUUCAGCGGGUGCGCGGCCACGAGGGCGUGUGCUUCUGGGUGGACGUCCACGGCGAGACCAUGGCAAGCGCCGGCCAGGACAACACGGUCCGGGUGUACCGCCACGCGACGGACGUCGGGGGCCCGAACGGGGUUAACUCGGAGGUCAAGGAGGGGUUGCGAAGCGAGCUACCCAUCCGACAAGAGGAUGUCGAGUUGGAGGAUGGCUGA